AUGGAAGACAAAUACAUCGGAACAAAACACAUUGUUUUUGAUCAAUCCGACGAUGCUUAUUUACCAUCCAUAAUACAGUUAUGUAGUAUCGUACCAAACCCAUCGAGCAAUUUGCAAAUUGUAGAGGCUAUGAAAAAGGGUUCUAAACUACCAACCGAAAUAAUUAAGGAAGUUCAGGUUUCGGCUGCCAAUGGUGAAGAUACCAUUGACUCACUUCAUGCAAAGUAUUUACUUUGUGUACAUGCUGCAUACUACGGAACUUUUGUUGAGCCAGUGCAUGUUGAGAGUCUGCUCGAAUUAUCCACCACAGAUAAUAUUAUAAUCAAUCGAUGUAUUCUUUGGAGUUUUGCAGUAGCAUUACCGUGCACGAAUGUUCUUAGUUCAGCAAUAAUUCAACGUUUAUGCAAUCGUUUAGAAGAUGCUCUUCUUGGUUGGAAUGUUUCAUUCAUCUUUCGGAAAUUGUCAGAAAAUGAAGAAUAUAUCAACAUGGUUUCGGAUAUUCAAUGGAUAUCAAUGAUUAGUUUGUUGUGUAAUUCAGAACUGAGCGAACAAAUCCGUUUAAAUAUCAUUUAUACAAUGACAAACAUUUUCAAACAUAGAAAAGAAAUAUCAAAUCCAAUCAAGAUCCAAAUUGAGCAAUUGAUAAUGAGCGAUGGUGUAUCACAUAAAUUACUUCUUACUGCCGUGAAAAUAUUGUAUAUGAUGGCACUUGCCGGAAUGUCAUUGGAUUCGAAAGUGUUGGACAAAUUACGUGACUUGACGCAAACUGAUUAUGAUGCGUCAACUGGAUGUGUAGGCGACCUUCUUGACUUUCUCGACAAUAAACAUACGGUAUCGAAAGUGACGCCUCAUAGAUGGAACACUAAAGUACAACGUGAACUUGUAGCUACGCAAACCAUGGCAGUGUUGCAUUCGAAAGAAAAAAAUAUUGAACCUUUGAUUCGAUUUCUCAGUCCCGAUCAUUUGCUCGAUUUAGUAAAUCAAUUUAAUGAAUUAUACGAUAUGGAAAGAGAUCCAUUUAUUGUGAAUGAUGGUGAUCAUACUGCUUGGUAUCGUACUACAUUGAGGGAGAUAAAAAAACUUUCCAAAAUAGCCAAGCAAGGAAAAUUAGAAGCAGGAGAUUUUAAUUAUUUGUUAAAGAAAAUGAAAGAUGGUCGGCAUUUUUUUACAGUUAAGAAUCGAAAUUCCGUGUACAAAAUGAUUGCAAAUGUUUUCCAAGAUGCUGCCCGAUGUAAACAAAAACUACCGGAUGAUGUGAUUACCAUAAUAAUCAGUCAUCUAACAAAUGAAUCAGUAACGUUAAAGCAUAUAUGCGCUGAAUGUAUUUUACAUGUUGCACAUAAUAAUGGAUCGUUCAGUGACGAACAAAUUAAAAAGAUCGAACAAAUAAUUCAGGAAACAAGUGACAAUCAAAUCAAACAAAAUCUCCUUAAAAUGUAUAGUUUAUGGGCAUCCAAAGGCCAUCAUGUUAGAUUGGACCUUGAUUCUGUUGAAAAAGAUAUAUUUAAUGAAAAAACGUGUGUCAUGAUCAGCUUUCUUUUUCUCAAAGCGUCAGUCGUUGAAAAACGAAUAUUUACACCACAACAGAUGCUAAACUUGAGUAUAAUUGGAAUGUCUAAUCAUUAUCUAACGAGAGCACGUGAACAAUCUUUACUUGCAUUAGCAUAUAGCAUUAAAGCAGUACCAGAUAAAGUAUUAAUACCAGUGGAAGUAAUUAAUCAUCUCAGAGAUAUUUUAAAAGAUGAAGAUGAAAAUAUUCGUUGUCCGGCAGCAGCAGCAUUAUGCUUCUAUGCUGAAGAUAAUACUAUCCAUUUAUCUGAGGAUAUACUCGAACGAUUAGCAACGAUGUUACAUUGUAAUGACGAUAUUUUAGUUAGUAAUAUAUUAAAUGUUUAUCUGAGCUGGGUAAAACAAAAAAAGAUUCUGUCAUCGUUCGUUUUGGAUAACAUUACUGAAAUAUUCGAUUAUGCACAAUCCGAUCAUCGUCAUAUUUCAAUUUGGAUUAUGAAGCAUGUCGUUGAUAACGAUCAAAUUUUGCCUUCGGCAUUUUGGGACAAAAUGGAAUAUUGUCUCAAUGAUGAAUAUCCCAUUCGUAAUACAGCAGCAAUGGUUUUUAUUGAGUAUUGGCAUAAUCAAUUAAUAAAAACAAAUGAUAAUAUUAAUAUAAAAAAUAUGUUUUUGAAUUACAUGGAACAUUUAUUGAUAAUAAUUAAAAAUCGUUUUGAAUUGGAUACACAGAUUCGUGCACUCAGUUUUCUUAAAUAUCUUGUUGAAAAUAAUUAUGAGUUAUCGGAAUCAUUUUUACGUCUCAUAGAAUGCUGUUUAUGUAGUAAUGAAUUAUUGAUUGUUACAAAUGCAGUAGAAAUACUCAUGUCAUAUAUGAAACAAAAUUCUGUAUCAAAGCAAACUAUCGCGACUUUAGAAAACGUAUUAACAACAGAUUCUAAAGUUUUAACCAAUGUUAUAACAAUGUUAAAGAUAGCUGUAUGUCAAGGUCACAUUUUGUCGGACAAGUCCCUUGUCUUUCUAGGUAAUUUACUUUUCAAAAGUGAUGAUCCUCAUGAUAUCGUAUUAUUACUUACAUUUUCUGAUCGACAUCAACCAUUACCGAAUAAUGUCAAUGAUCUUCUUCGACAACAUUACUACAUCAAUGUUCUUCUUCAUAGCACAUGUUCAAAGAGCCGCGAUAAUGCAUACAAUGGCCUUCAGUCUCUAAUUGAGAGCGGUCGCCUCUUGUCACGAUAUGUUCUUGAGUCACUAUUUAUCUUAUUAAAGCUAUCGCAUAAAAACUUAUCGUUCUUGUCUAUUAUCAUCAAAGUAACAAAUAAUCAGCAACGUUUAAUUCCAGAACAUAUUUCAAUGCUGACGCAAUUAUUUUUUGAAUGUCCAAGCCAAUCAUUAGUUGAUUUAAUAGAAAUUUUCACCCAACUCACCAGUCAAAAUCAGACCAUUCCUCACGUUAUAAUUUAUUCUUUGCAAAAUUUCUUGAACGAUGCAUCUGUUAAUAUAAAUAUUAUUAAGAUUUAUCGUCAUCUAAUCGAACGACAGCAGCUAAUUGAUCGGGCCAUUAUUGAUCAAGUUCUGAACUUUUUGAAUUCGGCCAUUUUUGAAACUAUUAGUCCUGAUUUACAACAUCAAGUCAUUGCUUUUUUCAGCAGUCUUGCCGAUGCACAACCAAUUGAAACCGAUCAAUCAUAUCUUCCUUUCUUACUCGACAUUGGCCAACCUUUAUUGGUUCGCAAAAAUGCUUGUCUCAUAGCCAAAACAUUGAUUGAACAAGAUCAAAUUUUACUGCCUUCGAUACUUGAUGCUAUAACUCAUUUAUGGCAUUAUGAUGUUAGUAAUAACAUUAAACAUAUUGCUUUAAACGUACUUAAUCUUGCUCGUUUGAAGACGGCUCAACAAAUGGACAAAUCUGUGAAGAAUCUACUUGACUUAACUUAUCGUAUAAACACAACAAAUGGUGAAGAUUUUCUGAACUCUAUUCGAACUGCUAUAGAAGCAGAUUUCAAGCCGGAAGAUAAACAUUUAAUAAAUUUAUCUACAAUGCUUUACAGUUGUGCUAUUCAUUUGAAAAAAGAAGCAGCAAAUUUGAUUGUUUUGGCUAAAUCACGUGGACACAGACUAUCAAAUCGAGUACUUGAUGCAAUUUAUGGAACAUUACGCGAUGAAACGAUCAACUAUAUAACAAUUGAACUUCUACCUGAUUCAACUUCAUCGUUAUCAUCAAUGAUCCUCAAUGAUCUUCUAUACAUAGCUACGCAUUCUUCUCAUGAAACUGUGCUCCAAGGUGCACGUCGAAUACUUAACAAUUCACCGAACAAUGCUAAUUUCAAGCAAUAUUUACAAAUUGAUAAUCGAUCAUUAAUGAAACAAUCUACUAAUAAUGAUUUUUUAAAACAAAUGCUAUGUUCAUCGAAUGAUAACACAGUUUGUGAUGGAUUGUUGAUUGUAGAAAAUAUGUUGUCUUUCAAACAACAAAUAUCAUCUGAUAUUUUAGUGAGUGUAACAAAACUACUUAGCAGGUCUAAUGAAAUGGCCAGUGAAAUACUCAUUCGACGAUUAAAAGACAAUAUCAAAUUGGAUAAUACUGUCUGUGAAACAAUCGAAUAUGUUUUUAUAACUUGUCGUACCAAGAAAAUCGUCAUGCUAAUUCAGAUAUUAGCAAUAAAACGCUAUAUUUUCAAAAGUCAGACACUCAAUAUUUUGUUCGAUAUGCUACAGAAUGAAACAGAGAUUAUCAACGAUCUAUAUCUGACAUUGGAUUAUGCAUCACAAUAUCAAUCAUUAUCAACAAAUAUCAUCAACUUUUGCAUAAAACAACUCAAAAAUAAAUCUAACGAAAUCUUACAACGAAGUUUUGCCAUUAUUCAUAAUCAAAUUCUUCAAAAGCCUACUGAAAUUGUGAUUGAAUUACCAAAACUGUUCCGACUUCCGUACGAUAUCGAUCAAAAGAAAUUGUUUGAUCAACUAGAGACAUUUGAACAAUGUGUAUGCAUGAUAUAUACAUUACUUUUCGUCAACCAUUUUGAUUCCACUGUUUUUGAUUUGCCUGUUGAACAAUGGAUAAGAGAAUGUUUGUGCACUGACUUAUUAGCCGGUUGUUCGAAUACAACAUCCAUUGAAGUUAAUACUUUCUACCAUCAAUUAACGCUUCUCGAACAAUACAAGCAGUACAGUAUUGACAGUAAUGAUCGUGAUAGAAUUCUUCGUGUACUUAUACGCAAACAGCGAAUGAGUAAAUUGACUUUGUCGACAAUCAACCAAGUACUCAUUUAUUUAAAAACAUUGACAAAUGAUUCAUUUGAAAUAUUUCUGAUGGAUGAUUCCAAUUGGCUAAUCAAUAUGCGUAAAUAUUUCGUUUCGGAUAGACUUCAUGAAUAUCUAUCAAAUUUCAUAUAUUCGGAAGUUAUUAUCAAUCAUCUCACUAAUCGCAUUUCUCAAGAAGAUCAACUUUCAGCUGAUUUAAUUGAAGCUUUUCUUCGAAUAGUAAAUCAACCACAAGACAUCAUUAUCUCUCUUGAUACUAUCGCUGAAUAUCAAAUCACUAAUGAUGAACUCAUCGAAGUUUUUACUCAGAUAAACAAUACAAUAGAUUUUAACUCGUUUUUAAAUCGAAUGAAAUUGAUUGUAUUUCAUCGAACGUUCCUAUGCAAUUCUACUGGCUCCAGUAAACAAGUACAAAUAUGUGAACUGUAUUUAAAUAACUUGUUAGAAUACGGAUGGACAUUUGAGACAAUAAGUGAACUGUUAAAAAAUAUCGACAUGAAUGUUAAAUCAUCGGAAAAUCUUAACCGAUUAAAUGAAUGUUUGAAAAUGUUAAUCGAUUAUAAAAUUGAUGAAAGUAUGGCCUCUCAGUUGAACAAAAUUUUUAUGGACGAAGUCACUUUGUUGUGGUCAAGACAAAUUCAUGCUUGCAUCAUCGACUAUCGAUUUGGUUCGAAACAUUCUGAUAAAACAAUUGCAACACUUUUAAGUGAAAUUCAGUACAAUGGUUCGAUAGAUUUAGCUAAUAUGUUAAAAGCGAUCGAUGAAGUAUAUGAAUCAUACUCUUUAAUUGCACCACAAAACAAUACGAUAAAAUUUUGGGAAAAAUCUAACAUUCAAUAUUGGGCAAACGAAGUCUUUUGUCAACAUUCCGAACAAUUCAUCAAAGAUCAAUUGAUCGAAGUGAUGGCUGUUAUCAAACGUGCUGUUCAACUUGAUUCGAAUUUUGAACUCCGUCAUGUUCAGCUGAUUGCCGUUAUGAUCAUGCUCGAUUCUAAAGAUCAUGGCGGACGUUUAUUACAAAUAUUGACUGGUGAAGGCAAAUCAACUGUCAUAGCAAUGUUGGCUGUAAUAAAAGCUUUAGAAGGUAAACAAGUUGAUAUCGUAACUAGUUCUAUAACACUGGCUAAACGCGAUGCCCAUGAACGAAAACAAUUUUAUGAAAUGUUCAAAAUGACUGUUUCGCAUAAUAAUGAUGAAGUAAAUUAUGUUGAAGGACCAAAAAACUGUUAUGAAGCUAAAAUUGUCUAUGGAAAUUCGAGUCAGUUUCAAUUCGAUAUUUUGCGUAAUGAUUUUAGUCUAUUAAAUACACGUAAAAAUCGACCUUACGAUAUUGUUAUUAUUGAUGAAGUUGAUAGUAUGCUCAUCGAUGAAAACAAUAUAAUUGCUCGUCUUGCCGAUCAA